AUGGAAGAGCCUCGUUCUGAACCUCCUGCCUCCAUCCCCGUUCGUGACCAGGCUAGCCCUGUCUCGGGGCUCGUCGGCGCAGAUGAUGGAGCUUCACUUGCGGCUCUCCCUCCCAGCCGCAAGUCUUCCUUCCGCUCCAAGAUUCGUGAGCCAAUCACUGCCGAGAAUUUCCGGGAGCAGGUCAAUGAGACCAUGGCCCUGGCAGAGGCUCUUAGCCGCGUAAAAUCUAAACGUCGGGCUCCGAACGGGUACUUUAGUCCCGCCGUGGAUAAAUUCGCUGCCGGCACCGACAUCGUCAAAGACGAUGCCUCGUCUACGUCGUCGAGUACGACGGACCUGGGCCACAUCGCUCGACACUUUAUGACUAGCGAUGUCAAGGAAAUGGCCAACGCGACGGAUGGCAUUCGUGACUCCAUUGCCACUUUUGAUGAAGACGAGGUGACUUUGGCGACGGCGACGCAGGUGAGGGCCCGCGAUUUGACGCUCAGGGACCAGAUUGCCACUUCUUCUCCUCCGGCGAGUGACGAUUCCUUCGAGGACGUAUUUGUACUUACAGAUUCGCAAGAGAACUCAGAUGAGGACGACGAGGAGGACAAUAGGCGGAGGUCAAUGGUUGUUGAGCCUAGGUCGGACGGAACUUGUGAGCACAAAGAAGGCAAUGGCUGGAGCGCAUCAAGCGAUGUUUUUGAAGACGACAGUGAUAGGUCGAGUUCCGGUGACUCAAAUUCGUCUUUCCAGACAGUGGACAUGACGCCCCCGACUGAGCCUGAGUAA